AAGCAGCAUACCACCUACCCUGAAGGCUCUUAGAAGUCGUCUGUUUCAUUUCAGGAGCUGACAAAUACAGCCAUGAAGAGCCUCAAGUUUCUAGCGGCAGAAAGUUUUGUUCAGAAUGGUCCGAAUGCUUGUAGGAGCCUUCACUGCUUGUCCUACAAUCUUUACCCAAUCCUUUUCAAAGCCUGCUAUCUGCGUGAGCAAGCAACAGUGCUCCAUGAUUUGGUCCAGACGUGGCCUCUCGCAGAGCUCAGCUUGCGUAAGUUAUUGGGCAACACAGCCGACUGCCCUGAUGACCUUACCUCCCGUACCUGCAGGCUUUGUCUAAAGGCCUUUCUAUCAGGUUUAAAGGACUAUGUGCUUCAGGCUCCAAGCACUUAUGCCAAAAUGCUACGUACAGUAGAUAUGAUCGGACUGCAAGAUACAGAACAUCAGGCCUGUCCUUGUAGACGUAGGCUUGGCCGCUGGGCACGGACUGAGCUGCUUACCCGUAUGUGCUAUGAGACUAUGGUGAACAUGCAGGAUGGCAAUGCCGCACCUUCGGCCUUUGACGUGCAGGUAGACGUUCGAAUGGAUGCUUUUAUUACUGGAAGAAACUACGAGGUGGUGAUCCACGCUCUGUUGCUGCGCAGACAUUGCCCAUUAAAGCUGCAGUUUAUAGGCCUGCGCGUGGACUCGCUGAUCCUAAAGAACCUCUUUUACCUGCUAAAACUGGUGGAAUCACAUGACCUGCAAAAGCUGGAAGUAGUGCACAACGUACACCUGGAAGCUCCACACAUUGAAGUGAUGCUCUCCCAACUCAAGUUCCCUCAUCUGCGCUCGCUAACGUUCCCGGCGCAGGCGCUGAACGUACACAGGUUGGGUCCGGACGACCAAGGCCUCAUGGGACUUCUUGGUGAGCUGAUGAGCAAACUUACAGAGCUGAGAGAGCUCUACCUGAGCUUCUCUACUUUGACAGGACACCUGAGGAAACUUUUAAGUCCUCUGAACACUCCACUGCAGUGUAUUGACCUAUCAAACUGUAACCUCAAUGGAAUAGACAUGGCCUAUUUCGCAAAUAGCCUUCACAGUGAGCACCUAAUAAAGCUGGACCUUGGUGGUCAUGAAAUAGCAGACCUCUUCCCCAACACUUUCCGGAAGCUUCUGCAUCGCUGUUCAGCCACGCUCACUAGUUUAGGACUUGAAGAGUGUGGACUGGGUGACGAGAGUCUGGAUCUGCUCACCCAAGCAUUGGCACCAUGUAGUAACCUACAGGAAUUCAAGAUCUUAGGCAACCCAUUCAGCACAUCCGCCCUGCGCCAGAUUUUCAACAUGCUGGCUCAAGGUUUUCCUGCUUUGAGAUAUGUUGAACUGCCCGUCCCUCGUGACUGCUAUCCUGAUGAUGCGACCUACCCGAUGGAUGACUGUACCUUACUAAAUUAUGACAGAGAAGAGUUUCAGCAAGUUCGGAGUGAACUUGUGGGUAUCCUAGAAACAGCAAGAAAAGGCCACGUGGAAGUAUGCACACCAUUGUCGGGAGUCUAUGAUCCUGACAUCAAUGAGACGAGUAAUGAGCUGGGGGUCUCCAUGCUGCAGUCUUUCAACAGUGUUAUAGGCAACUUCAUUGAUGCAGUGAACAGCGUUACCCAGGACAGACAGCAGAGAAUGAUGGACUGAACUGUUCAUAGUAAACUUGGUAGAUUGUAUAAGAGAAAUAGUUUAUAUAUAUAUACAGUACUGUGUAAAAGUCUUAGGCCACCAUCACCAGCUUUGUUGUUUUCACUCUUUUUUAAGAUACAAACAGGAAAUACAGGAAAUAUUGUACACAAAAUUAAAAACAAAACAGUUUUCAGGACUAAAUGUCUUCUUCAGGCAUCAGUCAGUAUUUAGUGUGACCUCUCUUGGCACAAAACACAUCUUGAGCUUUUUUGAGGAGACUGAAGUCAUUCGAUUCGAAUUAGAAAUUAGGAUUUAAUUUUAUUUAGGUUUAAGAGAUCCUGCAGUUGUCUGCUGUUGCUCAAGUGAAAGGGGAGUUUACCCUAAAUAAUUGACACUUCAGCUUAUACUUUUAUACUGUUUUUAUACUACAUACACAUUUCCUGCAUUUUCUGGUUGUAUUCUAAUAAAGAGACUGAGAAAAAAUUAUACAUUAUCACUACACAAUUGCAAAAACAACUAAUCUAAUGGUAGCAUGGUGGCCUAAGACUUUUGCACACUACUGUAUAUAUCUAUAAAUCUCUGAAUAGGUAGAUGGGAGUAAAUAUGCUGAAACAAUGAAGCUAAUAAAUCUGUAUAUUAUCUACCAAUAUGUUCAAGAGGACCUAGGUAAAAGGUGCACUAAAAUACACCAAGCUUAGUAAACAUACAAUUUUUAUGCACUAAUUUUGUGAUUGAUAUACAAAAUAUUAAUCUUUAGUACUUGAUAAAGUUAAGAACAUCGAAGUGUACGCAUCUGACCUGUUUUGAGACACCACUUAUUUCAAUACACUAAAAAUCUAUAUUUUUUUUACUAAGUAACAGUAUUUUUAAUAAGUAUACUUGUAGUGUAUAACUUUACACUUUAAAGAGAUUGUUCACCUUAAAAUGAAAAUUCUGUCAUCAUGUUCUCAUCCUCAUGUUGUUUUAAACCUGUAUGAAUUUCUUUUUUCUGAUGAACACAAAAGAAGAUAUUUUGAAAAAUUAUGGUAAACACACAGCAGACCAUUGACCUCCAUAGUAGGGAAAAAAGAUUUUGGAAGUAUUGUGAUAAAAUGUUUUGAUAAAUGAUGGUAAGCACACAGUUGACGGUACCCAUUAAAUUCCAUCAAUUUUUGAUUCCUACUAUGGAAGUCAAUGGUCACUAUCUUCUGUAUGUUUACCAUCUUUCUCAAAAUAUCUUCUUUUGUGUUCAUCAGAAAAAAGAAAUUCAUACAGGUUUAAAACAACAUGAGGAUGAGUAAAUGAUUUUAAGGUGAACUAUACCUUUAAUUUAGCACAAAUUAUUCAAGUAUACUUUUAUCUGGGAACUAAAGAAACUGCAUCUGUAUUUGCUGUGAAAUGGUUAAUUUUUGUGUCAUUUAGAGGAAUGUGAUGCUGUUUAACAUUUAUUACUGUAGAAAUGAAACUGUAAUUAAGUUGUAAAGGCAAGGGUAAUAUUUAUGUAUAUUGGGUAUUUAUUUAUUUUUGUAGAGAAAUACAAACAUGGACUUUAUCAAAAUGCAUUCUAAUUAAACUCAUUAAUAUUAUUUGAA